AUGGACGCACACAACGUGAGAAGGAAGGAUACUACGAAAGGGCCUCCGCUGCGAAUCCUAUCAUUAGAUGGAGGAGGGGUUCGUGGUUACUCGAUGCUUAUCAUUCUCCAAGAACUCAUGUAUAGAGCUUAUGUCGAGACGGAAGGGAAGCCGCCGAAACGAGACGAAAUACCAAAACCCUGCGAAUACUUUGACCUGAUAGCAGGCACAGGCACAGGCGGCCUCAUCGCCAUUAUGCUAGGGCGCUUACGCCUGGACAUUGAAACCUGUAUGGACGUCUACGUGCGCAUGACCAAGAAAGUCUUCGAGACUGACAAGACGAUCGCUGGCAUACCCUACAAGCAGACACUGUUCAAAGCUUCCAAACUCGAGGAAGCGAUCAAACAAUGUGUCGCAGAACACACUGUGUAUGAGGACGAAGGAAACGAUGGUACACAACGCGGUGGAAAGCCCUUUACGAGUUCUAUGUAUGCUCCCUCCAGCCCAGUCGCACGAUCGAUAAGUGUAAGAAGCAAUGAGUCGGCAAGCCUCACCAGUCCUGCAAGCAACCGAACCUCAAUGUAUAGUCCUGGUCCAGGAUUUGGUGGAGCCGCCACAAUCUGGGGUAAUCCCGAAGCCAGUUUGUAUGACGACAGAGAGAAUAGAACAAAGACUGCAGUAACUGCCGUCUUCAGAGGCACAAACCCUAGGAAUGGUGCAGCGAUACUACUUCGAUCCUACGACUCGAGAAAGGAGCCUCCUCCAGAGUUUAACUGCAAGAUCUGGCAAGCCGGUCGCGCAACCUCAGCAACCGGCCUGGCCUUCAAACCCAUCCAAAUAGGUCAAAGCGUGUUCAUCGACGAAGGCGCCGGCAGAUACAACCCUUCUCCACAAAUCCUGGAGGAAGCCAUUUCUAAUGAAUGGCCUGGUCGGGAUUUGGGUAUCUUUGUAAGUGUAGGCACAGGUAAACGACCAUCAGGCACAAAUUCAAACCAGCACGAAUGGUGGGAAGGCUUUAUAGGUGGUAGUGUGGGCAGUUUCGCAGAAGCUCGAAGACGUCUAAUCGCCAAAAUCGAAGCCUGUGAGGACACGCACAUGCAAAUGUUGAAUACAGAACUACCAAAGCACAAUAUACCACGGGAGAACUAUGCAAGGCUAAACGUGGAAGUGGGUGUUGGUGAAUUUGGUAUGAACGAAUGGGACCGCUUAUCAGACAUGACUAUCGGCACUCGCCGAUACCUUAAGAAGGAAGAUACUCAAGAAAUCAUACAAAAUGCUGCAUACAGGCUUGCAAAGAUUCACCUUAUGCACAGGAGGAUGACACAACACUUCCGGCCCAACAGUUGGCAGGCACCACAACAGAGCCUCGACCAAGUGAUUAACGAGCCACAAAACCAAGGCUGGCCAGCCGCCGUAGAACUUCCAGCAGAUCUCCCCGUCGGCCACACCACACCACCCCGCAUAACACAACCACAAAUCCAAUUCCGUACACCAUCCACCGCACCCUACCCAGACGAUAAAUCUUACUCCUCCCGCCGUGACUCAAACGACAAGUUCGCAGUCCUCGACCCAGGAACACACAACAUCACCCAACGCCUCUCAACCGACUCGGCACGUUACCAGAACACAAACGAGAAAUUUGGCGUCACCGCAUCAGAUUACCAGACUACACCGAACACACAUAACCCAUCUCCACCGAUCAGUGACGCGCCACCUCGACCACCAAAGACACCAAUUAAUGAACUUCCACAUCAUCAGCAUCAGCAACAGCAGCCACCACCACCACCACAAAUACAAACCCUUGGUCCAACGAGUCCAAGCGGUGUACGUACAAGUCCGAUGAACAGACCGAUGGCCGGACAUAGGUUACCUUACCCAGUCGACGAUGAGGGGCCGCCGCCGGUGAAUAAGUUGAGGAAACCGCAGUAUAUGCCUAGCUAG